AUGAGACAUUUUCCACCAACUGCAGCCGAAAGGUCGAAGCGUACAGCUGUUGUUGCCGUCGUUGAAGCAUCUCUGACUAUUCGUUACUGUUGUGAGGGAUAUCACGAUCAAAGACAAGCUUGUAUGUACUACGUACCCUGUACUUUUUCUACUUCGUUGCAAGUUCGGCUCGGCAAGGCGGAGGAGUUGGUCAUUGUCAUAGCGUCGGACGAGAUAUAG